GUGGGAUGUUGAGAGAGACAGAGAUAUGAAUGUCUUGACUGAGUGGGAAGAGAGAGAGUUCUUCCUGGACGGGCGACGGGCGUUUUUGUUGUUCAAUUGGCCGCUUCUCCUGUUGUUAAUCCAGCACUGUCCUCGUGCCUCUACCCGCAUCAGCAGAAGACGGGUGAAUGCAGAUCCUGACGAAGUGAGGAGUGUCUAUUGAAAAGUGGGCAGCAGCACGCUGUAAUUGAAAUCUCUGCAGCGAAGAGAUGAAAUGAGCUGCUCCGACGGCGGUCGUCAUCGCUUCGUUCUUUUCUCUCCUUAAGCAUAGAUGAUCAAGCCCGCCAAUGGUAACGACGCCGCGGUCAUUAAUCGCUCGCCUUGCAUAUCUUUCUCUUCUUGUUGCUCUGCUGGAAUCUCCUCCAUUCGUGCAUGCGAGCGUUGAAGAUGUUCUGAGAGAGAACCGCGACAUCGACAAAAUCUGCUCGACAAGUGCAGAUAGGUUGUCCUCCACCUACGGACAGAACUUGGAGCAGCUAUUCCGCUCCCUCGUCGACUCCGUUUCCUCCACUGGUUUCUACAAUACCUCCAUCGGCGAAAGCCCUUACACGGCCUACGGCCUCGCGCAAUGCCGCGGCGACGUCCCUGCCGUUAUAUGCCGGAACUGCACCGCCGUCGCUGUCGAGAGGGUCAAGGUCUUGUGCCCAAAUAACACGUCCGCCAUGAUAUGGCUCGAACCCUGCUUCAUUCGCUUCAGCAAUACGCGGUUCUUCGGAGUCCUUGAUAGGAGGAAGGGGAUCCUUUGGAGAGACCCCAAUUCCACGAUCUCUGGCGACUUUGAUGCCAAAGCAUUGAUGUACCCAUUGGUGAAGGAGGCCGCCAAUAGCCCGAAGAUGUUUGCUACCAAGAUAGAGCAGCAGGUUGGCUAUACCAGUUAUGGCAUGUCGUAUUGCCCCAGAGACAUCACACCGGCCGAUUGCAAGGUGUGCUUCGACGAUGCUACCAAACAGGUCGAGGCAAAUGGCUCACUUGGCCAAGUGUGGCGGUUACUUUCCCCGAACUGCGUCAUCGUCUACUUCACCUGGCCUUUCUUUCUAUCCUCACCGGCUCCUUCAUCGCCACCAGCCCCAUCAGCAGGAAAUAAAAGUGGUCAUCAGAAGAGAAUUGUGAUUAUCUUUUGCUCCAUUGUGGGGGUAAUACUUUUAUCAAUAGGGAUAUUCAUGGUGCUUUUCCGUCGCAGAAAGAGGGAAGAGCUGAAUGAGGAGUUAAAAAGAUAUGGCAGUGAGAUGGCUUCGCUGGGUAACCUCACGGAGGAUGAAAGAAACCAUGAGCUACCUCGGUACAGUAUGAAAGCCGUGCAGGCAGCAACCAAUAAUUUCUCGGAGGAGAAUAAGCUUGGAGGAGGAGGAUUUGGCCCUGUGUAUAAGGGUGAACUCAAUGGUCGGCUUGUUGCAGUGAAAAGGCUUUCUGAACAUUCAAAGCAGGGCUUGAAAGAGUUUACAAAUGAAGUUGUAUUGAUUGCGAAGCUUCAACACAAGAACUUGGUUUGUUUAUUGGGUUGCUGUAUAGAGCAGGGUGAAAAGAUGCUUAUCUAUGAGUUCAUGACAAAUGGCAGCCUUGAUGCAUUUUUUUGUGACCCACAGAAGCGUGAAUCAUUGGAUUGGGAGAAGCGAUUCAGUAUAAUUAUGGGAAGCGCAAGAGGGAUUUUGUAUCUUCAUCAAGAUUCCCGGCUCAACAUCAUUCAUCGGGAUCUUAAAACCGGCAAUAUUUUGUUGGAUGCGCAGAUGACAGCAAAGAUCUCUGACUUCGGAAUGGCUAGAAUUUUUAGUGAAGAGAAUGAUCCAAAAGCUACCAACAUAAUUGUUGGGACUCGUGGGUACAUCGCUCCAGAGUAUGCCAUAGGUGGGCAUUUUUCCGUUAAAUCCGAUGUCUACAGCUUUGGCGUGCUGCUCUUAGAAAUUGUCAGUGGUCAGACGUAUAGUGGAUUUCACCUCUCUCAAAUGGGUUUUACCCUCAUUGGAUAUGCGUGGAAUCUAUGGUGCAAGGGGAGAGUGACAGAUCUCAUAGAUCCCGUGCUUGGAGAAUCAGCUCCGAGAAGUCAAAUUAUAAAAUGCGUACACCUUGGCUUACUAUGCAUCCAGGAGGACCCUGCAAGCCGACCCACGAUGUCAGAGAUUAUACAUAUGCUUGGAAGCGAUUCGCAAAUCCUUCCAUCUCCGCAACAACCCCCUCUGUUUUUCAGUAGUACCAUCAGCAAUUGUAGCGAUUCAAUGAAAAGCAAAAGGGAUUACCCUAUAAGUGGCAGUACAAAUUCUGAAAGUUUAUCGGGGUUGAAGUACUCCCUGAGAGCAUCUAAGCGAGCUUGGAAAAUCGCUUGCUCCUUCUCCCCUGCGGUUGUUGAGGUCCCAAGAGGGGAGACGUUUGUGGUUGGCCCAAUCGACUUCCCUGGAGGUUGUUCAUCCAAAGUUUCUCUGUUGUCAACCUCCCCAAUGGCAACCACACUGCGGUCAAUUGUCCGACGCCUUUCAUGUCUGUUAAUUCUUCUUCUUGGGCUACUGCAAUCUCCUCCAUCGGUUCACCCGAGCAUGACUGAAGAUCGCAUCGAAGAAGGACUGAGACAGAACAAUUACUUCAACAAAAUCUGCUUUCCAAGCGCAGAUGGAUUGUCCCCCACCUACCGGCAAAACAUGGAAGAGCUAUUUGGCUAUUUGGUCGAUUCCAUUCCCAUUAUGGGCUUCUCCAACACCUCCGUCGGCAAAUCCACCGAUACUAUCUAUGGCCUUGCGCAAUGUCGAGGCGACAUCCCUGGCGAUAUAUGCCGGAACUGCACCGCCGCCGCCGUCGAGAGGGUCAAGAUCGAAUGCCCAAGCAACAGCUCUGCCAUCAUAUGGUUCGAGGCCUGCUUCCUUCGCUAUUCCAGCAAGCGGUUCUUCGGGAUCUUUGAACGGACAUUCCCCAUCGUGUGGACGGACAAUUCCAAGAUAUUUACCGAGUCCGACGGCAAGGAGUGGGUAUACCCAUUGGUGAACGAGGCUGCCGAUAACUGGAAGCGGUUUGCCAUCAUGAUAGAGCCAAAGGGCGGCUACACCAGCUACAGCUUGGCGCAGUGCACCACUGACCUCAGCUCGGCGGAUUGCUCGGCAUGCUUCCAGUAUGCUAUCAAAGAGAUCGGGAAGCAUCACACGCUAGGCCUAGUGUGGCGGUUUGUUUGCCCGAGCUGCAUCAUCCUGCACUACGCCUGGCCUUUCUUUUUAACCUCACCAGGAAGUAAAAAAGGUAACCAGAGGAGAACCGUGAUUAUCAUUUCCUCCACAGCAGGGAUACUGCUGCUAGCAAUGGGGACUAUCGUGUUGCAUUUCCAUACGCGAAAGAGGAAACAACUUAAUGAGGAGCUAAGAAAAUACAACAGUGAGAUGGCUUCACUCAUGAGUAAUCUUACUGAGGAUGAAAGAAACCAUGAGCUGCCUCAGUACAGCCUAAGAGCAAUGCAGGCAGCCACCAAUAAUUUCUCGAACGAGAAUAAGCUCGGAAGAGGAGGAUUUGGCCUUGUCUAUAAGGGUGAACUCAAUGGUCGGCUUGUUGCAGUGAAAAGGCUUUCCGAGAGGUCUGGGCAGGGCCUGAAGGAGUUUAUGAAUGAAGUCACAUUGAUCGCAAAGCUUCAACACAAGAACUUGGUUCGUCUAUUGGGUUGCUGCGUAGAGCGGGGAGAAAAGAUGCUUAUCUACGAAUUCAUGCCGAAUGGCAGCCUUGAUGCUUUUCUUUAUGACCCAGAGAAGCGUAAAUCAUUGGACUGGAAGAAACGAUUCAAAAUAAUUAUGGGAAGUGCAAGAGGGAUACUAUACCUUCAUCAAGAUUCCCGGCUUAACAUCAUUCAUCGGGAUCUCAAAGCAGGCAACAUUCUAUUGGAUGAGCAGAUGACGGCAAAGAUUUCCGACUUUGGAAUGGCCCGAAUCUUCAGUGGAGAUCAUGACCCAAAAGCCACCGAUAUCAUUGUUGGCACUUAUGGAUACAUGGCUCCGGAGUAUGCUAUCGAUGGGAAAUUUUCUAUCAAAUCUGAUGUUUAUAGUUUUGGCGUAUUGCUCUUAGAAAUUAUUAGUGGUCAGACAUAUGGUGAAUUUGAGCUCCCUCUAAAGGAUGAUACCCUGCCUCAGUAUGCCUGGACUCAAUGGCGCACGCGGAGAAGGUCAGACUUCAUAGAUCCAAUGCUUGGAGAAUCAGCCUCAACAAGUCAAAUUUUAAAAUGUUUCCACAUUGGCUUACUAUGUGUUCAGGAGGACCCUGCAAGCCGACCCACAAUGUCAGCCAUUAUAAAUAUGCUUGAAAGUGAUUCGCCAACGCUUCCGACUCCCCAACGACCUCCUCUGGUUUUCAGCAGUGACAGCAGCUGUUUUAGCACUUCAGCGGCCAUCUCAGGUUCCUCUAAAAGUGGCAGUGGAACCAGUCCUUAAGAUGAGAGUAGCAUAUUUCUUUGCAUGAGUAGAUAUAGUGAUCGGUUAAAUGACAUUGCCAGUAUGCUCUAAUUUAUUCCAUAUUUAAUUAAACAGCUUGUGUCUUUGUACCAUCAACUUUCAAGAAUAAUUGUCUCUAUUGGGAAGAUCUACGAAGCUAUCUUUAUA